AUGCCACAACUUCCCAGCAACCCCGCUCCCAGCAGGGACUCAAGUCUCACGUAUCGCGAAAUCACCGAGGACAACUGGCGAGCGGUAGCAAACCUGAGCCUCAAACCCGGCCAGGCAGGCAAUCUCGCCCCCAACGUGUGGUCUCUCUGCGAAGCAGCUUACUCCGAAGAUGCAUGGGUACGAGCCAUCUAUGCCGACGAAACGCUUGUCGGCAUGCUGAUGUUGGCGAUAUGGGAUCCAGACGAGGCCUACUAUAUCUGGCGAUUCAUGAUUGACGGUCGGUACCAGGGUCUUGGGUACGACCAGCGGGGCGUGGAAUUCGCGAUUGCGCACAUCCGACAGCGCAAUCCCCGGGCAAAGACAUUGGGGGUGAUGUCGACGCCACCAGAAGGGAAAACGAGCGAGAACCCGCUCAAGAUUGUGAAGCCGGAGGAUUCCCUUUUGAAUUCUAUCGGAAAAUGGGUUUUAGGCAGACUGAGCCGCCGGAUGAAGACGGGGAAAUUAUGA